AUGGACGGCGCAGGACAGCCCAACCUGCGCAUUACCAUCAUUGCUGCUGAUGGGCUCUACAAGCGCGAUGUCUUCCGAUUUCCCGACCCCUUCGCCGUGGCCACCAUCAAUGGCGAGCAGACGCGCACCACGAGCGUCAUCAAGAAGACGCUGAACCCCUACUGGAACGAGAGCUUCGACAUGAAAGUGAACGAAGAAAGCGUCCUGGCGGUUCAGAUCUUUGACCAGAAGAAGUUCAAGAAGAAGGACCAGGGCUUCUUGGGCGUCAUCAACGUCCGCAUUGGAUCGGUAAUAGAUCUCGACGCAGGCGGAGACGAGAUGCUCACGCGCGACCUCAAAAAGUCAAACGACAACAUGGUCGUCCACGGCAAGCUCAUUCUUAAUCUCUCCACUAAUCUGUCUACCCCCAUCAGCCAAGGAGGCCAGAACGCCACCCGACCCAAUGCCUCCCCGCAUCCGUCCACCAACGGUGCCAUUCCUGGUGCCGCCUCUACUCCACAACAAUCCACGACGAGCCUCCAUCCUCCUGAUGCAUACCCCGGUAGUCGUACCUCGAGCUCCGGCCCGUCGAACCCCCAGCGCCCCGGCCAAGGCCCUCCGGCUGGUGCGCCAGGCGGCCCACCUGCCGGGCCCGCACCAAAUACAAACGGGUCUACGCCAGCUCGCAACGGCAGCAGCGCCGCAUACAGCGCUUUUGAGGAUGCGCAAGGAAGACUGCCAAACGGCUGGGAGCGUCGUGAGGACCACCUGGGGCGAACAUAUUACGUCGACCACAACACGAGGCAAACCACAUGGAUCAGGCCAGGCGCGGGUUUCAACGAGGCAGAUCAGCGCCGGGACGUGGCAGCGCAGACGCAGCAGGAACGUAUGCGACAUCAGAACCGAAUGCUGCCAGAGGACCGAACGGGAGCCAACUCGCCUACCCUUACGGAUCGCCAGCCGUCGCCGCCGACUGGCGCUGCCAGCGCUGCGAGCAUGAUGGCGACGGGAGCGACCACUGCUGGUACAGGAGAGCUUCCGUCUGGCUGGGAGCAGCGCCACACGCCCGAAGGCCGACCCUACUUUGUAGACCACAACACACGAACGACAACAUGGGUGGAUCCUCGCCGGCAGCAGUACAUCCGCAUGUACGGUGGCCAGGCGGCCAAUGGCAGCACCAUCCAGCAGCAGCCUGUUUCCCAGCUCGGCCCGCUGCCCUCUGGCUGGGAAAUGCGUCUCACCAACACGGCAAGAGUAUACUUUGUGGACCACAACACAAAGACUACGACGUGGGACGAUCCAAGGUUACCGUCAUCACUGGAUCAGAACGUGCCCCAGUAUAAGCGCGAUUUCCGCCGUAAGCUCAUCUACUUCCGAUCGCAACCAGCGCUCCGCAUUGUUAGUGGUCAAUGUCACGUCAAGGUGCGACGAUCGCAUAUUUUUGAAGAUUCGUACCACGAGAUUAUGCGGCAAAGCGCUGCUGAUCUUAAGAAGAGACUGAUGAUCAAGUUUGACGGCGAAGACGGUCUGGACUACGGAGGUCUCUCUCGAGAAUUCUUCUUCCUACUCUCGCACGAGAUGUUCAAUCCCUUCUACUGCCUCUUCGAGUACUCCGCACACGACAACUACACACUUCAGAUCAAUCCCCACUCUGGUAUCAACCCCGAGCACUUGAACUACUUCAAGUUCAUUGGACGUGUGGUUGGUUUGGCCAUUUUCCAUCGUCGUUUCCUCGACGCCUUCUUCAUUGGCGCCUUUUACAAGAUGAUAUUGAAGAAGAAGGUUUCGCUGCAGGAUAUGGAGGGUGUGGAUGCCGACUUUCAUCGUAACCUGGAAUGGAUGCUGAACAACGAUAUUACCGAUGCUUUGGAACUGACAUUCUCGACUGACGAUGAGCGAUUUGGUGAGACUGUCUCCAUUGAGCUGAAGCCUGGAGGUGAAAACAUUGAGGUUACCAACGAAAACAAGCAUGAAUACGUCGAACUCAUUACCGAAUGGCGUAUCCAGAAGCGCGUUGAAGAACAAUUUCAGGCCUUCAUCACUGGUUUCCACGAACUGAUUCCCGCCGAUCUUGUCAACGUUUUUGACGAGCGUGAACUCGAGCUGCUCAUCGGUGGUAUUGCCGACAUUGACGUUGAUGACUGGAAGAAGCACACCGAUUACCGUGGUUACACCGAGAACGACGAAGUCAUCCAGAACUUCUGGAAGUGUAUCCGUAGCUGGGAUGCUGAACAAAAGUCACGUCUGCUGCAGUUUGCCACGGGUACUUCGCGUAUCCCUGUCAACGGAUUCAAGGAUUUGCAGGGCAGUGAUGGCCCACGAAGAUUCACAAUCGAGAAGGCUGGAGAGCCGAACCAACUACCAAAGUCACAUACAUGUUUCAACCGUCUCGAUCUACCACCGUACAAGACAUUCGAAGCACUCAACCAGAAACUUACCAUUGCUGUUGAGGAAACUGUCGGCUUUGGACAAGAGUAA